AACCCCAUGCUUUCAUUUUUAUAAAUUGGUAAAAGUUAGCAUAUUCUUUGCGGAGAGAAAGAAUCUUUUAGCUUUUAACGAGCAAUUUGGCGCCAAAAUUUAGGGCUUUUAGGCUUCUAGGGCGCUGGCGCUUGGUUCCCAGCUUCGCGGCUAUGGACAGCGUUCCAGGGCGGCAAUGAUCUCCAUUCGCAGCAGCAGCAGCAUUUCCACGGCGAUCGAUACUUCCCGACGGCCACGCUACAAUCUCCGUCUGGAUCAAGGCAGCCGCGAGGUCACAGAAUACCUAGAUCUCCUCCUCGCCUGCGGCCGGAGCAGGAAUCUGGGCAAUGGCCGGCGCUUGCACGCCAGGAUCGUGGCCACCGGGCACCAGGACGUGAUGUUCCUCGCUAAUCACAUCCUCAUCAUGUAUGGCAAAUGCGGGGGCAUGGAAGAUCUCUCUCGGGCAUUCUCCGAAAUGAAGAGAAGGAACAUCGUCUCGUGGAACGCCGUCAUCUCCGCCUACGCACAGAACGAUCGAUCCAGCGACGCCAUCGUGAUCUUCCUCCGGAUGCUCCUGGACGGGAUCCAGCCCAGCUACGUGACCUUCACGUCGGUGCUCAACGCAUUCGCCGGGCCGGAGCUUCAUCGCUGGGCAAAACUCGUCCACGAUCUGGCACUCGAGGUGGGCUUUGGAUCGCAUCCAGUCGUCGCCACCGCGCUGCUCAACAUGUACAGCAAGGUGGGCAGCAUCGAUCGAGCGCGCCAAGUCUUCGACGAGCUCGCGAUCAAAGACGUUGUCAGCUGGAGCAACAUGAUCGCCGCGUAUGCCCAGACCGGGCACGGCACCGAGGCCCUGGAGAUGUUCCACCGAAUGGACGCCGAGGGGAUCCAAGCCAACGUGAUCACCUUCGUGGCCGUGGUUCACGCCUGCGUUCUCGUGGCCCGGAUCACCGACGCGCGGACCAUCCACCGCCGGAUCAUCGAAGCGGGGCUGGAGAGCAACACCGUGCUUGGCACCGCGCUGCUCAACAUGUAUGGCAAGUGUGGCGGACUCCCGGAAGCCAAGAAGAUCUUCGACAAGCUCACGGAGAGAGACGUGGUGGUGUGGAGCGCCAUCCUGGAAGCGUAUGCCCGGCACGGUCAUCCCCGGGUAGCUCUCAAGCUCUUCACGCUCAUGCAGCAGGAGGGUGUGAGGCCCAACGACGUAACUUUCGUGGGAGUGCUCGAAGCUUGCUGCCAUGGCGGCUUCGUCCCCGAGGGCCGCUUCCACUUCGCAUCGCUGGUGAGAGAUCACGAGCUGAGACCCACUGCCCACCACGUCCACUGCAUGCUGGAUAUGCUGGGACGAGCCGGGAAGCUGGAAGAGGCCGAGAGUUUCAUCGCCCGAAUGCCCGUCAAGGAGGAGGCCAUAACUUGGUCGAUCUUCCUGGGGUCGUGCCGGAGCUAUGGCGAUCUGGAGCGAGGCAAGCGCGCUGCCGAGAAGGUGUUUGAGUUUCUUCCUCACUGCCGAGCGGGAUACUUGACGCUGGCGAGCAUGUACACCGACGCAGGGAUGCCGGAGGAGGCCGAGGCCGUUGCUCGUCUCAUGGAGUCCCGGUGCCCGAAAAAAGAGCCGGGCUCGAGCAAGAUCGUGGUGAGAGGCCGAGUUCACGAGUUCUGCGUAAGAAGUCAGUGGCAUCCACAGGCGAAAGAGAUUUACUCGUACCUGGACGUGCUCCACGCGCGAGCUCUCGAGCUGGGAUACGUCCCGGACACGCGGCCACUGCUGCUCGGGAGCGUGGAGAGAAAGCUCCACAGCGAGAGACUGGCACUGGCAUUUGGAGCAAUGAGCGUUCCUGGUAAAAGAAACUCUCCCAUUCAUAUUAUAAAGAACCUGAGAGUGUGCCGGGACUGCCACGAGUUCACAAAGUUCGUGUCAAGGACCAUGGAAGGUCGCGAGAUCAUCGUCCGGGACACUAGCAGGUUUCACCUUUUCAAAGACGGCGUGUGUUCUUGUGGAGAUUACUGGUAGACGAAUCUUCGAGUUCGUGGAGGCCAAUCCAGUCAUUUCACUUCUGGUACUCGAAGAAC